CCGAAAGCAUCAUUGGUCUUUCCCGGUUUCCUAAGCAUUUUUCCGGGAAAAUAGUUUCGGGCGUGCCGUCCCAGUCCGCCAAUAUAUUGGUGCCCGUCGUCCUCAAUUUCUUUCACUUCCUCACAGUUACUAAAAGCCCUAGCUCCACAACAAUUUCCCCAUUAUUUUCCUCAAAAAUGGCGUCUUCUUCGUCGGCGAAGAUGAUAGCGGAGUACGCCAAGUCCGGACGGUCGUCGUGCAAGAAAUGCUCGAAAACAAUCUCCGCAAGUGCCUUAAGGCUUGGUUUAGUUACCAGAGACGCUCGAGGCUUCGACAUGACCAAAUGGCAUCAUUUGCAUUGUCUGCCUUUGAGUUCCCAUUCCGGUGCAUCGCCGGAGUCCAUCAAAGGAUUUUCAUCGCUCAAGAGCAGUGAUCAAGAAGAACUAAAGAAAUUGAUGAAGGAAAGUGUUCAGGCUCUAGACAAGGUUUUGGAUGGAGAAAAAGAUUCUAUUACUGAAACCAAGGAAUUCAAGGUUCUCAGACGAGAUGAUGAAGAUGAGAGUUAUGAGAUGGAGAAACAAAAAGUGAAGAAGAAAAAGCUAUCUGAGUCUGACAACGGCAGCAAGCUGGAGAUCACAUUUUCUGCUACUGAGAUCAAGGAAAAGUACAAGGACGCUGCAUUGCUGCCCCAGUGGAAAGCAUUCCAAACUAUCAUAUUUCUUGAACGGGUUGAUGGUCUUCAUGAUUCAACGAAGAUUGCUGCAUUUGAUUUUGAUGGUUGUCUUGCCAAGACAGCAGUGAACAAAAUAGGUGCAGAUGCAUGGUCUCUUAUGUAUCCUUCAAUACCAGAGAAGCUGCAGAGAUUAUAUGAUGAAGGCUACAAGCUGGUUAUUUUCACUAAUGAAUCUAAUAUUGAGCGCUGGAAGAAGAAGAGACAGGUUGCAGUGGACUCGAAAAUUGGGCGAAUUGAAAGCUUCAUAAAGCUUGUAAAAGUUCCAAUUCAGGUUUUUAUUGCUUGUGGACUAAGUAACUGUCAACCAGAGGAUGCCUAUCGCAAACCAAAAACUGGGAUGUGGCAUAUCAUGGAGAAGCACUUCAAUUCCGGUCUUCUAAUUGACAUGGAUCACUCCUUUUAUGUCGGUGAUGCUGCUGGAAGACCAAAUGAUCAUAGUGAUGCUGAUAUCAAAUUUGCAGAGGCCAUUGGAUUAAAAUUCUAUCUACCGGAGCAGUACUUCAACAGUUAAAAUCUGGCAUCUAACAGUGUACUUGUGACUUUAUGCAACUGAAGGACAUAAUUCGAGUAACUCAUUCUGUAGAUAGUGAAGAGCAGAUGGUCCACUGGGAGAACAUUGUAGUUAUUGACCUCAUUGUGAACAGUUUAUUGUGACCUUUAUGGUGAUUAUGUUGCAUCUAAUUUUCUU